UCUUCUUCCCUCUCAAUUUCUGAGAUAAGAACAGUCGUCUUAUCGAAUCACGACACCACAUUGCCAAAUCAUUUCCAUGGAAGCCCCAAAACGAAUCUCUGCCCCUUCAAACACUGAGUAGCUGCUGCAUAUUUAUUUCUGAACAGAAAAAAAAAAAAAAAACAUAGCCCCGUGUUUAUCUCCCAAAACCGCCUUGAAUUGAAACUGCAUUGACCAAUUUAGCAGUUUCUGAUCGAUAAUUGCACGGAUUUUAGUUGCGUGGAAGUUUAAUUUCUUGUGAAUUUUCGAUUUGGAUUUUGGUUGGGAGGAAGGCGGCAGAGAUGAGUUUCAGGGAGGAAUCGGACGAUGGAAGAGGGGAUUUGAGGAAACCCUUUCUGCACACGGGGAGUUGGUACCGAAUGGGAUCGAGGCAGUCGAGCUUGAUGGGGUCUUCUCAAGCAAUUAGGGAUAGCUCAAUUUCAGUGCUGGCUUGUGUCCUGAUUGUGGCCUUGGGGCCUAUCCAGUUUGGUUUCACCUGUGGAUAUUCUUCGCCGACACAAUCGGCUAUUACAAAGGAUCUUAAGCUUACUGUCUCACAGUUCUCUUUGUUUGGUUCGUUGUCGAAUGUGGGAGCUAUGGUGGGAGCAAUAUCUAGUGGUCAGAUUGCAGAGUACAUUGGUCGAAAGGGGUCUUUAAUGAUAGCUGCUAUUCCCAAUAUCAUUGGCUGGCUUGCAAUAUCGUUCGCCAAAGACAUUUCAUUUCUUUACAUGGGAAGACUGUUGGAAGGGUUUGGUGUUGGCAUAAUCUCUUACACUGUGCCUGUGUAUAUAGCUGAGAUAGCACCUCAAAAUCUUCGAGGGGCUCUGGGCUCAGUAAACCAGCUCUCUGUGACAAUCGGGAUCCUGCUAGCAUAUCUCCUCGGGCUGUUUACUAGUUGGAGAAUUCUUGCUGUUCUAGGAAUAUUGCCGUGUCUGAUAUUGAUACCUGGCCUCUUUUUCAUCCCGGAAUCUCCCCGGUGGUUGGCUAAAGUGGGAAUGACCGAUGACUUCGAAGCUUCAUUACAAGUUCUUCGUGGAUUCGACACUGAUAUUACUGUCGAAGUAAAUGAAAUCAAGAGAUCUGUAGCUUCAACGAGCAGAAGGACGACAAUUAAUUUUUCAGAGCUCAAGCUAAGAAGAUACUGGCUACCUCUAAUGAUAGGAAUCGGAUUACUUGUUCUACAACAGCUAGCCGGAACAAAUGGCGUUAUAUUCUACUCCACAACCAUAUUCGAAUCUGCCGGUAUUUCGUCAAGCAAUGCUGCAACUGUUGGCGUCGGAGUUAUUCAGGUCAUUGCAACGGGAAUUUCGACGUGGUUAGUUGACAAAACAGGGCGACGGAUUCUUCUAAUCGUUUCCUCCUCCGGGAUGGCUUUCAGUCUCCUCAUUGUUGCGAUAUCAUUCUUUGUAAAGGGCAUGGUAGCGCACGAUUCUUCGCUCUACGACAUAUCGGGAAUCUGCUCGGUAGUUGGAGUCGUGUGCAUGAUCAUUUCUUUCUCCCUCGGAAUGGGACCGAUCCCCUGGCUCAUAAUGUCCGAGAUUCUUCCCCCAAAAAUCAAAGGCCUAGCCGGCAGUGUCGCGACGCUCGCCAACUGGUUCUCGUCGUGGAUUAUCACUAUGACUGCGCCAUUGCUGCUUGAUUGGAGCAGCGGAGGAACUUUUACACUCUACACUGUGAUAAGCACAAUGACAGUAGCAUUUGUGACCAUUUGGGUUCCAGAAACCAGAGGAAGAACUUUAGAAGAAAUUCAACAAUCCUUUAGGUGAAACAAAGGUACAUUAUAUCGAUUGAUCAAUCGAUCAUCUUCUAUGGUUUUUUUCCUUUUUGCACAAUCCUAAGUUCCCCAUGAUGUCUUAGAUCCAUUCUUUUCUUUUCGACAAAUCCAUGAAUUGAAUUCAUACCUACUGCUGGAGUUGCAGGCUUUGUUUUCUUACUUGUACUAAGAGGAUCGAACUUCUCGGGGCGUAGCAUAUAUAUAUAUAUAUAUAUGUGUGAAAAUGUUCGAAUUUUAGCUCGUUGUAUGAAAUUCAUUAUAUUCUAUUCGAUGAUAUACAAUAAUGCAGUUUAAUAGAGUA